CCGGACGGAUGUCUCGCAAAUUGAAAUCCAGGGGAGCUUAACAUCAGGUAGAGAAACACAAUGGAUCUGAAACCUUUAUUGAAGAACUUGGGCUCAAUUGUCCGCGCCAUCUGCACUUUUGGGUUUGCUGUGCUGGUUAUGUGCUUGUUGGUGUGGGCCUAUGUGGACGGUUUUCAGCUGGUAACAUCCAAAUACGGAAUCAUCUCCUUUGGCUUUUAUGGAUUACUCCUCUCACUUCACCUGUUGAUCCAGAGCCUCUUCGCCUUCAUUGAGCACCGACGAAUGAAAGCACGCACAGAGCCCUGCUCCUUUACCAAACAAAUUGGCUUCACAAUAUCAGCCUAUCAGGAGGACCCCGCCUAUCUCAAGGAGUGCCUCAGCUCCAUCAAGGCCCUCAGCUAUCCUUCGGAGCUGCUGCGCAUCAUCAUGGUGAUCGAUGGGAACACAGAUGAUGACCGGUACAUGAUGGAAAUGUUCAGAGAGGUGUUUGCAGACCGGGACCCUGGCUGUUAUGUGUGGAAAAAUAACUACCAUACAUGGAAUCCCAUCCAGGCCCAGCAGCCUGUGGAAACGGCAACAGAAAUGGGCCCAGAAGGGGAUGCUGAAUUGGGCACAGGAGGGAAUGCUGAAAUAGGCCCAGGAGGGGAUGCUGAACCAACUUUUGUUGAGGACCCAGAGCGAAGAGACGUAGAGCAACUGAUCCGGAACAAGCAGUGCGUGUGCAUCAUGCAGAAGUGGGGCGGCAAGCGGGAGGUGAUGUACACUGCGUUCAAAGCACUUGGGUCAUCAGUGGACUAUAUACAGGUGUGUGACUCAGACACCAAGCUGGACACUCUGGCCACCAUUGAGCUGUGUAAAGUGUUAGAAAGUAACGACAAGUACGGUGCUGUGGGAGGAGAUGUGAUGAUCCUUAACCUGAAAGACUCUUACAUCAGCUUCAUGAGCAGUCUUAGAUACUGGAUGGCUUUCAACAUCGAAAGAUCCUGCCAGUCCUUCUUCGACUGUGUGUCCUGCAUUAGUGGUCCUUUGGGUCUGUAUAGGAACGAUCUCCUCCAGCAGUUUCUGGAGUCCUGGUACAAUCAGAUGUUUUUGGGAAGUCACUGCACAUUUGGUGACGACAGACAUCUUACCAACCGAAUGCUGAGCAUGGGAUAUGCUACAAAAUACACAGCCCGCUCCAAAUGCUACACAGAGACACCUGCUGAGUUUCUGCGCUGGCUGAACCAGCAGACUCGCUGGACAAAAUCAUACUUCCGCGAGUGGCUCUUCAAUGCAAUGUGGUGGCACAAGCACCACCUCUGGAUGACUUACGAGUCCAUCGUCUCGGGUAUUUUCCCCUUCUUCGUUACAGCCACAAUCAUCCAGCUGUUUUGGACAGGCACGGUGUGGGACAUCCUCUGGAUCCUGUGCUGCAUCCAGCUGAUCGGGCUGGUGAAAGCAUCUUACGCCUGCGUCCUGCGCAGAGACAUGGUGAUGGUGUUCAUGUCCCUCUACUCAGCCCUGUACAUGACCAGCCUGCUGCCUGCCAAGUACUUCGCCAUUCUCACCAUGAACAAAAGCAGCUGGGGGACUUCUGGCAGGCGUAAAAUUGUAGGGAACUACAUUCCUCUUCUCCCUCUGUCGGUGUGGAUGGCCAUUUUACUAGGUGGGCUGGGUUACUCAAUUUACAGGGAGAGUCAACUGGACUGGUCCGAGCCAGCCAAAGUAGAGGAACUCACCUUUAUCACUUUUGGCUGCGUGGCCUACACCGUAUACUGGCUGCUUAUGAUCAUCCUUUACUGGGUGUGGUUCCGCAAGUUAUGUAGAAAACGGGUAGGAAGUUAUACUUUAAGUGUGUAG